ACUCACGCGGUAUAAACACAUCUUUUCCAUUUUCAUUACACUUACCUUCCACACCAAUACACCAUCUCUCUCUCUUCUCUCUCUCUAGAAUUUUCUAAACCCCACAUUCACUCCAAACCCUUUACAUACAAAACCAAACACACCAACAUUGAAACAGACACACAAAAAACAAAGAGGGGUUUCAUAAACCAUGUUGCGAUCAUGCUACAAAGGCUUAGAAAGAUGUCUGGGACUACGUGGCAGUGAUGGGCUGCUAUGGCACGGUGAUUUAAAACAACAUGCUUGUGGUGAAUUUUCAAUAGCUGUGGUGCAAGCAAAUUCAACGCUUGAGGAUCAGAGUCAAGUUAUCACUACACCGAAUAGUACUUUUGUUGGGGUUUAUGAUGGACAUGGUGGCCCUGAAGCUUCGAGAUUUGUCAAUAAGCAUCUUUUUAAUUUUGUUCAGAAAUUUGAGUCAGAGCAGAAGGGUUUAUCUGCAGAGGUAUUAAGGAAAGCAUUUAGUGCUACAGAGGAGGAGUUUAUUCAAUUAGUAAGGCGGGAAUUGCCUGUCAGACCCCAAAUGGCAUCUGUUGGAUCAUGCUGUCUUGUUGGUGCCAUUUCAAAUAAUGAACUAUAUGUAGCUAAUCUGGGUGAUUCAAGAGUUGUUCUUGGGAGGAGGAUUUUAAAUGGGCAAAAGGAAUCUGUUAUUGCGGAACGCUUGUCAAAUGAUCAUAAUGUUGCUGACGAGGAGGUGAGGAGGGAGGUAGAGGCACUUCAUCCCGAUGAUACGCCUAUUGUGGUAUACUGCCGCGGGGUUUGGAGAAUAAAUGGCAUAAUACAGGUAUCGAGAUCUAUUGGUGAUGUAUAUCUUAAGAGACCUGAGUUCAACAGAGAUCCUAUAUUUCAGCAGUUUGGAAACCCUGUCCCCUUGAGACGUGCUGUAUUGUCAGCGGAGCCCGCCAUAAUUUCUAGAAAGCUUAAACCACAUGACUUGUUCUUAAUAUUUGCGUCUGAUGGCCUUUGGGAACAUUUGACUGAUGAAGAAGCAGUAGAUAUCGUGGUUAAAAACCCAAGAGCUGGAAUAGCAAAGAGAUUAGUUUCAACAGCGAUCCGAGAAGUCGGAAAGAAACUGGACAUGAAGUACAGGGACAUCAAGAAUAAACCAAAGGGAAAUAGGCGCAAGUACCAUGACGAUAUCACUGUUAUUGUGAUUUAUCUUGAUCAACAUGCUGGUUCUCCUAAUCACAAGUAUAAGCAUACCACCAAUGGCUGCAUUACUCCUCCGGUAGACAUAUUCUCCCAUAAAACUGGUGAUGUCGUGGACGGUCUUAUAAUCUAAGAGCUUCUAUAGACUAGAAUCGAUCAAAGAUUGACGGUAAUAGUGGAUAAUAGAGAUAGAUGAUUGUAUAUAUUGCAUGGAUUCAGCACCUUUCAGCAAGUCAAGUUUUAGUUGUUUCUUAUAUCUUCUACAUGCUAGCAGGAUCAUGCCAUCCUUUUUCUUAACAUUGUAAAAGGGUUGGCAUCGUUUUGUUAUAACAUGCAGCAGGAUGGAUUACUAAAAGAUGCAUUUGAUUUUUCCUUUA